GGCGGAAGAUGCUGCGCACCGGGGGCCGGUAGUACUAUGAUUUGGUAUGUGGCCGCUUUGGUAGCAAGUGUGCUCGGCGCCCGCGGGUUGCCCGUCCAAGGUGCCCUCGGCUCGAGGGAGGAGCCCGAGUUUGUGACCGCUCGCGCUGGCGAGAGCGUGAUCCUGGGAUGCGACGUGAUCCACCCGCUCACGGGGCAGCCCCCUCCCUAUGUCGUGGAGUGGUUCAAGUUCGGCGUCCCCAUCCCCAUCUUCAUCAAGUUUGGGUUUUACCCUCCCCAUGUCGACCCAGAGUAUGCCGGCCGGGCCAGCCUGCACGACAAAGCAUCCCUGCGCAUUGAGCAGGUCCGCUCUGAGGACCAGGGCUGGUACGAGUGCAAAGUGCUCAUGCUGGACCAGCAGUACGACACCUUCCACAACGGCAGCUGGGUCCAUCUCACGGUCAACGCUCCCCCCACCUUCACGGAGACGCCGCCGCAGUACGUAGAGGCGAAGGAAGGCAGCAGCGUCACCUUGACCUGCAUGGCGUUCGGGAACCCCAAGCCCAUCGUCACCUGGCUAAGAGAGGGGGACCUUUUGGGUGCCAAUGGCAAGUACCAGGUGAGCGACGGGAGCCUUACGGUGCUCUCCAUCAGCCGGGAGGACAGGGGUGCCUACACCUGCCGGGCGUACAGCAUCCAAGGGGAGGCUGUGCACACCACACGCCUGCUUGUUCAAGGACCUCCCUUCAUCGUUUCCCCUCCGGAGAACAUCACGGUCAACAUCUCCCAGGAUGCGCUCUUCACCUGCCAGGCCGAGGCGUACCCCGGGAACCUCACCUACCUGUGGUACUGGGAGGAGGAGAACGUCUACUUCAAGAACGACCUGAAGUUGAGGGUGCGGAUCCUGAUCGACGGGACGCUGAUCAUUUUCCGUGUCAAGCCAGAGGAUGCUGGAAAAUACACCUGUAUCCCCAGCAACAGCCUGGGCCGCUCGCCAUCAGCCUCUGCCUACCUGACAGUGCAGUAUCCCGCCCGCGUGGUGAACAUGCCCCCCGUCAUCUACGUUCCCAUCGGGAUACACGGAUACAUCCGCUGCCCGGUCGAGGCAGAGCCCCCGGUCACUCUGGUCAAGUGGAACAAAGACGGACGUCCCCUGCGAAUCGAGAAGUAUUCUGGCUGGAACCUGCUGGAAGACGGGUCGAUCCGGAUAGAGGAGGCAACCGAAGAUGCUCUCGGCACUUACACCUGUGUGCCUUAUAACGCCCUGGGUACGAUGGGCCAGUCUCCCCCUGCCCGACUGGUACUGAAGGACCCCCCCUAUUUCACGGUGCUACCAGGCUGGGAAUACAGACAGGAGGCAGGGAGGGAGCUGUUGAUUCCUUGCGCUGCUGCCGGAGACCCUUUUCCCAUCAUCGCCUGGAGAAAGGUCCUCUCGAAAACGGGGGAACCGGCUGCCUUGCCGCGACCGGAGAGACCAGAUCCCUUGCCGGUGGCCGGCGGUGUCCCCUGGGCCGCGCAGGUAGGGAAGCCCAGCAGGAGCAAGCACAACACGCUGCCCGGCGGCACCCUGCAGAUCCGCUCCCUCGGCAAGGACGACCACGGCGAGUGGGAGUGCGUCGCCACCAACGUCGUCGCAAGCAUUACUGCCAGCACCCACCUUACCGUCGUAGGCACAAGCCCUCACGCCCCAACCAGCGUGCACGUUGUGGCCGCCAUGACCUCAGCCAACGUCUCCUGGGAGCCCGGCUACGACGGUGGAUACGAGCAGACUUUCUCAGUUUGGUACGGCCCUCUGAUGAAGAGAGCCCAGUUUGGCCCCCAUGACUGGCUAUCUCUCCCUGUGCCAGCUGGUUCCAGUUGGCUACUGGUGGAUACCUUGGAACCGGAGACUGCGUACCAGUUCAGUGUAUUGGCUCAAAACAAGCUGGGUACCAGCUCCUUCAGUGAGGUGGUCACUGUGAACACUCUAGCAUUCCCUGUAACAACUCCAGAGCCUCUGGUGUUGGUUACCCCACCGAGGUGCCUAACAGCCAACCGGACACAGCAAGGCGUCCUCUUGUCGUGGCUUCCUCCCGCUAACCACAGCUUCCCCAUUGACCGCUACAUCAUGGAGUUCCGCAUCGCGGAGAGGUGGGAGAUCUUGGACGAUGGCAUCCUGGGGACUGAGAACGAGUUUUUUGCCAAGGACUUGUCCCAGGACACCUGGUACGAGUUCCGGGUCCUGGCGGUCAUGCAGGAUCUCAUCAGCGAACCCAGCAACGUUGCUGGCGUGUCCAGUACAGACGUAUUCCCUCAGCCUGACCUGACAGACGAGGGUCUAGCCCGCCCAGUGCUGGCUGGCAUCGUUGCAACCAUCUGCUUCCUGGCUGCUGCCAUCCUCUUCAGCACACUCGCCGCCUGCUUCGUCAACAAGCAACGCAAACGCAAGCUCAAGCGCAAGAAAGACCCUCCUCUCUCGAUAACCCACUGCAGGAAGAGUUUGGAGUCCCCGUUGUCUUCCGGCAAGGUGAGUCCCGAGAGCAUCCGCACGCUCCGUCCCCCCUCGGAGUCCUCUGACGACCAGGGCCCGCAGGCCAAGCGGAUGCUGAGCCCCACCAAGGAGAAAGAGCUCUCUCUUUACAAGAAGACCAAGCGAGCCAUCAGCAGCAAGAAGUACAGCGUCUCCAAGGCGGAGGCCGAAGCCGAGGCCACCACCCCCAUCGAGCUCAUCAGCCGCGGGCCGGACGGACGCUUUGUCAUGGACCCGGCGGAGAUGGAGCCCUCCCUGAAGACACGGCGGAUCGAGGGCUUCCCCUUCGUGGAGGAGACGGACAUGUACCCCGAGUUCAGGCAGUCGGACGAGGAGAACGACGACCCUGUCGUCCCCGCCUCCGUCACCGCCCUGAAAGCCCAGCUCACCCCUCUCUCCUCCAGCCAGGAGUCCUACCUUCAGCCACCAGCAUACAGCCCCCGGUUCCACCGGGCACUGGAGGGUCCCGGCGCCCUGCAGGCCACCGGCCAGGCCCGUCCGCCGGCCCCCCGGGCUUUCCACCACCAGUUUUACGGUUACCUCAGCAGCAGCAGCCCCGGGGAGGUGGACCCACCACCCUUCUACAUGCCAGAAGUCAGCCCGCUGAGCUCGGUCAUGUCCUCCCCGCCACUGCCCCCCGAGGGGCCCUUCGGACACCCCACCAUCCCCGAGGAGAACGGGGAGAAUGCCUCCAACAGCACGCUGCCCCUGGCCCAGACCCCGACGGGGGGCCGGUCCCCCGAGCCCUGGGGCAGGGCUGAGUUUCCCUUCGGCAGCCUGGAGCCGGCCCCCGCGCCGUUCCCUCACCAGCUCCAGCCCUGCGAGGCGGCCGAGGGCACCCAGCCCACCGGCUGCCUUCCUCGGGGGCCACCCCCCUCCUCCCUCCAGGUGGUCCCCGCGUCCUACCCGGGCAUCCUGCCCCUGGAGGCACCAAAGAGCUGGACCGGCAAGUCACCCGGCAGGGGUCAAUCCUCUGUGCCCACCACCACCAAGUGGCAGGACAAACCUAUGCAACCCAUGGGAUGUCAAGGGCAGCUAAGACAUACCAGCCAAGGUAUGGGCAUACCCGUGUUGCCUUACCACGAACCGUCCGAGCCCGUCGGCCCCAGCGGCACAAGCACAUUCAGCCUGGACACCAGGUGGUACGAGCCCCAACCCCGACCUCGGCCCAGCCCUCGGCAGGUCAGGAGGGCUGAGCCCAGUUUACAUCAGGUGGUGCUACAACCUUCAAGGCUUUCUCCUCUGACCCAAAGCCCCCUCAGCUCCCGCAACAGCUCCCCGGAGCUGACUGCCCGCGCCCGGCCCCGGCCGGGGCUCAUCCAGCAGGCGGAGGUGUCGGAGAUCACCCUGCAGCCCCCUGCGGCGGUCAGCUUCUCCCGCAAGUCCACGCCGUCGACGGGAUCCCCUGCGCCGAGCAGCCGGGGAGGCAGCCCUAGCUACCGACCUACCACCGCCUUCACCUCCCUGGCCACCGGCUACUCCAGCUCCCAGGGCUCCUCCUUGCCUGUGGACACCAUGGAUGUUUUCGGAGACAUCCCCUCCCCGAGGAGGGCCGGCGAGGAGAUUCUCCAACCGGAGCCGACAUCCACCACGGUAGCCACCACGGGAAAACGUCCAUCUCCGUCCGGGGACGCUGCUGCACCUGAGAGGCUCGAAGCUCUGAAAUACCAGCGGAUAAAGAAGCCCAAAAAGUCAUCCAAGGGCUCCUCGAAAUCCAGGAAACAAUCCAACGGCUCUGCCUCCCAGGUUCAGCACCUUCCCAGCUCUCAGGUACUGUGGCCUGACGAAGCUGUCUGCCUCCGCAAGAAGAAGAGACACCCUCGUCAGGACCCCUUCGCCCGCCUCUCGGCGCUGAAGGACGACCUCUGCCACCGGCAGCUCCCCGAAGACCAGACAGCCAUUCUCAACAGCGUGGACCACGAUGACACCAGCGGGCACGCCACGUUGCUUUAGCCUAGCGCCGGCCCGAGAAGGUUAAACAGGAGUGGGUGGAGGGAGCUGACAUCGUGCCGCAGGGGGAUGGAGGCAGCGGGAGAGGGGGGACGCCCCU